CAAAUCUCUUCCCAUUUGACUAUUUUAACUUUGUUAUAUGUAUUACUACAAAUCUUUGACCAUCCAGGUCACUCAGUCAAACUCUCUGGAGAAUCCAGAGCUCAUGGUGAAGUUCUUGCAAAGGAACAUUGACCUACAAAGACGUGAAGGAUUGCUUCUCUCCUUUGAUGCCGUACGAGAGAUACUUACCUUGCUGAAGAAAAAUCACAGGAUGAGUGCUGAGAUGAUGAAGAUCCUUUCAGAAGAUAAAAAAAAAAAGCAUCGGGACUCCAGAUACGAUUUGAUCCUGACUGAUCCUGUAUGCAAUGGCGGAGUCGUGUUGGGGUCAUACCUGGGCCUUCCAAUGGUGUUCAGCGUUCACUUGAUAAACCACUUUGCAAUCGCACCAUCACCUCUUUCCUACGUCCCAACAACUGGAUCCCUAAACAGAGAUCAAACGAGCUUCACGGACAGACUGAAGAACAUCCUGCAUUAUAGUAUUUCAAUGCAUGUUGACCAUGCCAUUACUAGACCUCAGUACCAGAAUGUCAUCAGAGAGUUUAAGGAUCCAGAAGCUAACAUCUACUCCCUCAUGCAAUGCGCCAAUCUGCGGCUCACGAUGCCAAACGUGGUCUACGUCGAGGGAUCUCAACGCAAGCCCUCCAAUCCUUUACCUGAUAAACCGGAGAUCACGCAGAGUUCAGGAGAACAUGGAGUAAUCAUCAUGUCUUUGGGAACGCUGAUUGGACGCACGGGUUCUGAAAUAUCAGAGAUCUCCUCUUCCGCUUUCGCUCGUCUACGGCACAAGGUUGUGCGGAGACACCUCGGACCAAAACCUUCCACCUUGGGUAACGCUACACUGAUUUCAUUCCCACAAAACGACCUUCUCGGACAUCCGAAAACGAAGGUUCUCCUAACGCACGGAGGAACAAACGGUAUCUACGAGGCCAUCUAUCACGGCGUUCCGACGCUGGGAAUACCCGAUCAGUCUGACAACACGGUACGCUUGAAAGCCAACGGCAUAGCUGAAGCUUCGGAGGUCACGGCCCUGGACACGGAUACGCUAACUCAUCCUCUGAGAAACAUCUUGGAGGAUAAACAGCUGUACAGAAAGAACAUUGGCAGGAUUACAGAAAUACAGAUGAAACCGAUAAACAGUGCCACCUUCUGGUUGGAGUACGUCAUGAGGCAUAAAGCUGCAGUACAUUUGUGUACCAAGUCCUACAAAAAGUCCAUUUUAGUAAAACAAAACUGGAGUACACUGGGCUUAUGUUUAAAUCGAGCAGGUUUUCCCAGAUACAGAUGAUUUAUUCCGUCUUAAUGAAACAAAAACAUUCUCCACACACAUUGAUUUAUUUUCCUCAGGCACAAUCAUUUUAUACACGGCUGUCGAUCGGGGUUGCGUAGGCACCGGUACUCGCACCCGAAUGUUCCACCUAUGACUUCACAGUGCAUUAAAAGUUGAAGGAUCAUUGUGCAUGAAAUACUCACUCACUCACUCACUCACUCAGUCACGGUGCUGCAGACUUAUGCAUUUUCUAUAUGAAGAGAAA